UGUGGGAUCCUGACCCCGUUUUGUCUGGGUGUGCCCAAAACMUGGGCACAAGCCUGAAGGAAGAGCCAGUGGGAAUGUGCCAUGCACCUUUGACCUUAGGACAUGCCAACUCYGUGAUUGCUUGGGCGGGAGCAUGUGGCUGUAUAAAAGCCCUGGAGGAGACCUUGCUCUGGCAGUGUGAGCCRGUCUCUCUGCACGAUGGCUGACCCCAAGGAGCCUGAGAAUGGGAGUGUCGAGCUGGGCACCCCUAAUGCCGCUGUCCCCACAGGGACCAUGUCCACCCGGCGCCUCCGCAGCGAGGACUACAAUGACUACAGCUCCACGGAUGUCACGCCAGAGGGGAGCCCUCCCGAGGGCAUGAACGGCUUUGCCCACCCUGAGUCCUACCAGCGCUUCGGGGAGACCAAUGGGACAACGUGGUACCAGACCCUGAUCCAUCURCUGAAGGGGAAUAUUGGCACGGGGCUGCUGGGGCUGCCUCUGGCUGUGAAGAAUGCYGGCAUCCUGCUGGGUCCUCUGAGCCUGYUGGUGAUGGGAGUCGUGGCUGUGCACUGCAUGGGCAUCCUGGUGAAAUGUGCCCAUCACUUCUGCAACAGGUUCCAGAAGCAGUUUSUGGACUAUGGAGGUGCCGUGAUGUACGGGCUGGAGGCGACUCCCAGUGCCUGCCUGAGGACACAUGCCAUCUGGGGAAGGCGUAUAGUGGGACUYUUCCUGAUCAUCACUCAGUUGGGUUUCUGCUGCGUGUACUUUGUCUUUCUGGCGGACAAUCUGAAACAGGUUGUAUCAGCUGCAAACGGAACCACCAAUGACUGCAGCCCAAACAGGACGGUGGUGAUGACCCCCACCAUGGACUCACGGCUUUACAUGCUUUCCCUCUUGCCUUUUGUGGUGCUGCUCACAUUCAUCCAGAACCUCAAGGUCCUGUCCAUCUUCUCCAUGCUGGCCAACGUGGCCAUGCUUGUCAGCCUUGUUGUGAUCUACCAGUACAUUGUCCGGGACAUUCCUGAUCCCAGAAACCUGCCUCUAGCAGCAGCCUGGAAAACCUACCCUCUGUUCUUUGGCACCGCGAUCUUUGCUUUCGAAGGCAUCGGCGUGGUGCUGCCUCUGGAAAACAAGAUGAAGAACCCCCGGCAAUUCCCAGUGAUCCUCUACGUGGGGAUGACCAUUGUCACCAUCCUGUACAUCAGCCUGAGUGUCCUGGGGUACCUGCGCUUUGGGUCGGACAUUCAGGCCAGCAUAACACUCAACCUGCCCAACUGCUGGCUGUACCAAGCUGUCAAGCUGCUCUUCUCCUUUGGGAUUUUCUUCACCUACGCCGUGCAGUUCUACGUGCCUGCUGAGAUCAUCAUCCCUCCCCUCGUGGCCCGGGUGUCGGAGCGCUGGGGCUGGCUGGUCAACCUGCUCCUCAGGGUGGCCCUGGUCUGUGUGACCUGCGUGCUGGCCAUCCUCAUCCCCCGCCUGGACCUCGUCAUCUCCCUGGUGGGCUCCGUCAGCAGCAGUGCCCUGGCUCUCAUCUUCCCCCCGCUGCUGGAGAUUGCCACCUACUACUCCGAGGGCAUGCACCCUCUCAUCAUUGCCAAGGACAUCGCCAUCAGCCUCUUYGGCUUCGUGGGCUUCGUGGUGGGCACGUACGAGGCGCUGGUGGAGCUGGUGGCACCCGCGGCCACCGUGGUGAACGCCACCAGUGUCCUGGUGCAGUGAUGGCCCUGCCGGCAGCUCUGGGUGCUGAGCUGGGGGAGCAUGGACACCGAGCACUGCUCUCCUGGGAACGGCCUCCCCUCCGCUCUUGGGAAAUGUGGUGGGUUUGGUCUGAGAGAGGAUGGGGCUGCCCAGCACCGAUCUGCCCRACUGCAGCAGGAUCCUGCUCUGGGCUCCGUCUGGAAAGUGGGAUCCAGCCUGGGGCGGUGCCUUCCCUCUUAGGGCAGGUGCUGYAAAACAGCCCCUCUGUAAAUAGUCACUUUGAGAGGUGAGGAAUCCCAGGGAUGUAGAUUUUAUUUUAUUUUAUUAUUUUUUUWAAUCCCAACCUUUCCAUAUUUUCCCCAGCCCUUCAAUCAGGAUGGGGAACAGGGACUACUCUUUUUUGUGCCAGUUUGAUUUUUUUUUUUUUUUUAAUACCCUGAGCACUUUAUUUUUACAGCAACAGACAAACCUCAGCUCAGGUUAGAGAGAGUGUGGAGCUGCCUCCU